CACAUCAGUCAACGAACAUCAAACCAUCGUUACACAUAUACGUUCGGCUUUUGGUACUCGGCCUUGACCAUCCAAACCCAUUUAACCCACAACGCCUCGGACUCGAGACUCUUUCUGUCCAAACCCACGUUUCCAACCUCGACGGCUCCGUCGCGCCAACUCCACGGCACCCUUGAGAGCUUUACGUUUUACCACAUUCCGUUCCACCAACACAAUGCCUUGGUCGGAUACCUCAUACACCUACUACUCAGGACCCUCUGAGGUCCUCACCGACGACAUGCGAAAGUGCCAGGUCGAGGGCUGCAACAAGAUGCACGCCUUCAGUCGGCCGGACGGGGGCGCGAAGGUGUACUCCAGAUACUGCUCCAACCACACCUGCGACAGGACCUACCCUGGGAAGAAGGAGUAUCACUGCACGCAUCCCAGGAGCUCGAAGGAGCGGUAUUGCUCAACCCACUUGACAUGCGGUGAAUCCGGCUGCACCAAGCUGGGUGAGCACUCCGGCACGCACGACUAUGUCCGGUGGUUCUGCUCAUCUCACCGCUGCACAUCCCCCGACUGCCGCCUCCGCGCCAUCGACCGCACCCAACAGCGCUGCGUAUCCCACCUCAUCCUCUGCACCAUCCCGACCUGCACGCGCCCGGCCCACCAGCACCGCGACGGCCGUCUCGACGCCGUCUGCGCCGCCCACUACGGCACCCAGCGCUGCGAGUGGGCCGCCGGCUGCACCCGGCGCGCCUCCGCCAGCCGCUCCUCCUCCUCCUCGUCAUCAACACCCCAACCACAGUACUGCACCUCCCACCACCAAUGCCGCACCCCGCUCUGCGAACGGCCCCGCGACAUCUCCCGCGGUCCGCGCAAGCGCGACAGCAGCGGCGGCGAGGUGCUCGACCACUGCGCGCUGCACACGUGCCGCACGGCGGGCUGCCGCAGCGAGGUGCACACGCUGGUGGACUACUGCGGGCGGCACGCGUGCGCGGGGGCGGGGUGCGCGCGGCCGCGGCUGAGCGCCGACCCGGCGAGCACGCUAUCCGUGGGGCUGGACCGGGACCUGUGCGCGGUGCACGCCGCGGCGGGGCAGAGAAGGGCGGUGUCGAUGGACGGGGUGGAGAUUGGGUUGGAUUGGGAGGGGUUGAGGGGCCGGUUUGAGAUGGGCGAGGAGGGCAGGCGGGAGAGGGAGAGGAAUCGGUUGAGUGAUGAUUUGGAGAGGAUGAGGAGGCGGGAGAGGGAGCUGGAGGCGGAUUUGGGGUUGGGUUCGGGUUCGGGCAGGGCGGAUAGGAGGAGGGGGAUGGAUCGCGAGGCGAUGGAGAGGAUGCAGAGGGAUUUCCAGGCGUGGAAUGGGGUGUCGUCUGAGUGGGAGAGGCGGUUGUAAGGGCGGGCUUUCGGAUUUCCUGUGUCGGUUUGGGACGGUUGGGUUGGGGACAGUGGGCUGAUGGAUGAUACCCGUGGAUUGGUGGGAUGGGACUGGAUUUGCAUGCAUAACGGAGGGAUUUGGCGUUUGGUUUGGGUACGGCGCAGGAGUCGUGGUUCAUUGAUACCACCGGUUGAACACGAUGUUUGCGACAACUGCUUGGGCGCCUCGGUUUGGGUCACGCGAGUUUUGGAGGUUCUGCUUCCUAUCGGCGAUGGACUAGAAGAGAGCGACAGACAGAAAAACACAAAAACAUUCCUUGG